UAACGUAACCUCACCGUGACAAACGUCAAAGACUCAAAAAAGACGGAAAUUUUUAAUUUGUAAAUUAAACUAGUCAUUUAUCACGUGCCUGCGGUUAUCUUUUAUUUAAAUAGUGACUUGAAUUCGCUCAAUCCAGUGACUGUCUUAAUUUCUUGCAUAAUUCCAGAAAAUGAAUAAAAUCAGUGACGUUGUCUUAAAACCGCUGGAAAAAUCAAUCUACGUCAAGCCCCAGACCAUGCAUUUUGUCCAAAACGGCCGAAAACGCACGUGGGACCUUCUGGACGUGCAUGACAGUGUGGCAAUACUUUUACACAACACCAGGAAACAGACUCUGAUUUUCGUCAAACAGUUCCGUCCGCCAGUUUACUUCGGCAGCAUUCCGGAGGAAGACCGCAAAGGCACAAUUGAUGUAAAUAAAUACCCGGCUGAGUUGGGCAUAACGCUGGAAAUGUGUGCCGGUCUCGUCGACAAAGAUAAGCCGUUGGUUGAAAUUGCAAAAGAGGAGAUUUUGGAGGAAUGUGGCUAUGAUGUUCCUCUGUCAAGUUUAGUCAAAGUGGGGUCGUACAGAUCAGGUGUUGGGACGUUGGGGAGUUUGCAAACAACGUAUUAUUGUGAAGUCACUGAUGAUAUGAAGGUGUCACAAGGGGGCGGCGUUGGGGAUGAGAUAAUCGACGUGGUUGAGAUGACAGUGCCUGAAGUUAAAAAGUACAUCACGCAAGAUAAAAUUCCAAGUCCGCCGAGCUUUUUAUUUGCGGUUUAUUGGUUUCUAUUAAAUAAAGUUAAAUAAUGUCUUUGUUUUUUUAAGUGUUUUAAAUGUUUCCUAUUUAUAAUUAUUAAUAAAAGUCGAUUAUGAUUACACAA